AAAAACAUUACGUAGUUUACUGUCAAUCAAUUGGAGUCUUUUGGGUUUGGUUUGGUAAUUUUUGUAAUUGAACAUUUCCAAAGUGCAUUGGUAUUUUUUGUUAUUUUAUUUUAGUUGUUGAUUUCUGUAAAAAUUAAGUUUACGAUGACGGAGCAGCAAAUGGAUUGUGCUUUGGAUUUGAUGCGGAGGCUGCCGCCUCAGCAGAUUGAGAAGAAUUUAACAGAUUUAAUAGAUCUCGUGCCAAGUUUAUGUGAGGACCUUCUGUCUUCCGUGGAUCAGCCAUUGAAGAUUGCUAAAGACCGUAGCAACGGAAAGGACUAUUUGCUCUGCGAUUACAACAGGGACGGUGACUCGUACAGGUCGCCGUGGUCAAAUACGUACGACCCUCCUCUAGAGGAUGGCUCUAUGCCCUCAGAAAGACUAAGGAAACUAGAAAUCGACGCCAAUCAUGCGUUCGACCAGUACCGAGAAAUGUAUUUUGAAGGUGGAGUCAGCUCAGUAUAUUUGUGGGACAUGGACCAUGGCUUUGCAGGAGUAAUAUUGAUAAAGAAAGCUGGAGACGGCUCACAGAAAAUCAAAGGUUGCUGGGACUCCAUACACGUUGUGGAGGUGGUUGAGAAGAGCUCCGGUCGCAACGCUCAUUACAAGCUAACGUCCACCGCCAUGCUUUGGCUGCAGACCAACAAGGAGGGCAGCGGGACUAUGAACCUUGGUGGAAGCCUUACUAGACAGGCGGAGCAAGAUUCGGCGGUAAGCGACGUGACCCCGCACAUAGCCAACAUCGGCCGCAUGGUCGAGGACAUGGAGAACAAAAUCAGAAAUACCCUCAAUGACAUUUAUUUCGGCAAAACCAAGGACAUAGUGAACGGCCUCCGCUCCGUGGUGCCCGCGGAGGUGGAGCGCCGCACGCAGGCGCUGCGCCACGACCUGGCCGUCGCGCUGCAGCGCCGGCACCAGGCCCGCGCCGACUGACUGCCCGCCGAGUGAGGUGGAUACUGGGUGAAUUAAUAGUAGAUAUUAACAACGACGUUAGGACAAGCUCAAGUCUCCCAUAGCAGUUACAAACAAUCUAAACUCAACAUUUCUCUUCUUAAUCUUUCUAGACUGCACAAGGUUACUGAUCGAAACUUGUUAGCUAUUAACGUAAUUUACGAUGCAUUGAAGUAAUACGUUAACUAAAAUUGUAUUUGAUUGUGUUGCCAAUGGGCAAGGAUAAAAAAAGCGCCGAAACGAUACCGUUCCUACAAAGAUAUUCAGUAAAUACUAACACAUUCACUGCCAAGAACACGCUAUCUGUGUUAAUUUUGUAUUGAAAAUUGGGCGCUUGGCACUGAAAGUAUUAUUCAAUAAUCAUAAUUAUAAAGAGAAAUUUUAUGUUUGUGGGCUAAAAAAUACCUACAACGAAAAAUGUUUUCUAACCGUUAUUUUACUCCUUCUAAUUCUGAAUAUCACUUUAAAGUAGGUACCCAAUGUUUUUAAAUUUAUCUCGCUUGAUUCAGUACUUUACUUGCCAACCAGAAAUAUAGAUUUCUGGUUGGCAAGGCAAGGCUUAACAACCUAAUGUGGAAGAUGCAUGAUAUGUCCGCCACUCUCGUUUGCUUACACUUAUAACUUAUAUAUUUGCAUUUUUUGGGAAAACCUUGUAGAUCGGUGUGCGGGGUGGAAAAGGGUUAAUAAGCUAAUACAGUGUUUAGCUAGUAUUACAAGUUACAAUACUUCAUGAAUCAUAUUAAAUACAUGGUAUUUUCGGAACGCUAAACUGAAGAGAUUGUUUCUAGUGUUGUUUUUAGAAUAUUUUAUUAAUAACAUAUUACUUCAAUGCUAUAAUAUAUUUAGAAAUAAAGAAAACUAGCAGCAGUGUUAGUUCAAUGCAACCACAAUGGUGCUUUGAAAGAUAUUAGUCCAUAUUUCAAGAUGUAAUUCGUAAUAUGUAUAUGAAAAUAGUUAUUUAAAUAUACUGUAAAAAUCUAAAUUAAGAACGCAAUGACUGUCGAGUUUUUGUUUUACAUGUAUAUAAUAAUUUGAUGUAAGUUAGUUAAAAAACUUCACCCAAUAUGUCAUCCAUCUCGAUUUACUUUGCAUUUUUAUAGCUUAGUUUUUUUUUAAUUUAAAGAAGGAUGUUGGUUUGGAUGUAAAUUAUAUAAAACAAUAUUCAUUUAGCAUUUAAUAAUUGAAAUAACGCAUUUAAAAAUCAUUGAAUGAUUGUACGAUUUGUAAGUAUUUGUUCAAGUCCAGACUGACAUUCUAAUGGUAUUUUAUUCUUUGUAACUAUAAGAGAUUCAAUAUAUUAUUAUUGAAAUAAAAUUAUUAUUGUAACAAAUAACCAUUUAUUUUAUGUUGCGAUUUAAUACACUAAUAAUUGUUAUCAUAUUGGCCUCUCUAAAUAAAACAAAUAUUUACUUGAAAA